UUGGACGUGGCCAGCACUGGGGCCGGCACCAGGGCUUGCUUAAUCAGCUGUCACGAUGCUGGGGUCUCUGGUGUUGAAGAGAACAACGCCGGCGUCCAGGUUUCUUCUCCAGCUGCUUAGAUCCUCAUCGCCCCGGAGCCAUGGAGGGGUCUCCGGCCGGCGUAUAUCCACCGGGGACCUUGGGGAGGCUCAAUGCACCAGGAGGGCAGCUGUGGAGGAGGGAUGCCAUGGACCAUCUACCGCCUUGCUCACCCGAGGAGGAGAGUCAGUAACCGCGGGGACCCAGGCAGGAAGCGUAGAGAUCCAGUGCCUUGCAGCUGCCACACGGAAACACCUUCCUAGUCUGCAAGAAACACUCCCCGGACAGGACUGGAGUGGGGUCCCCAACAGAGCCGGCCUGGGAGUAUGGGCCCUAGCCACUGCGCUAGUGGCUCACUGUUACAGCAAGAGCCCGUCCAACAAGGAUUCAGCCCUGGUGGAAGCUGCUCGUGCCAACAAUGUUCAAGAAGUGGAGAGGCUGUUGUCAGAAGGUGCAGAUGUCAAUGCAAGGCACAAACUUGGCUGGACAGCACUCAUGGUGGCAUCCAUCAGUCGAAACUAUAGUGUGGUGCAGAUCCUGCUAGCUGCUGGUGCUGACCCAAACCUUGGAGAUGAUUUCAGCAGCGUGUACAAGACAGCUAAGGAUCAGGGAAUACAUUCUUUGGAAGUCCUCGUCACCCGAGAGGAUGACUUCAACAACCGGCUGAACAACCGUGCCAGCUUCAAGGGCUGCACGGCUCUGCACUAUGCUGUCCUCGCUGAUGACUACCGCACCGUCAAAGAGCUGCUGGAUGGAGGAGCCAAUCCCGUGCAGAGGAAUGAAAUGGGACAUACGCCCUUGGAUUACGCCCGUGAGGGGGAGGUGAUGAAGCUUCUGAGGUCAUCUGAGAUCAAGUACCAGGAGAAGCAACGGAAGCGAGAGGCCGAGGAGCGGCGCCGCUUCCCCUUGGAGCAGCGGCUGAAGGAGCACAUCAUCGGGCAGGAGAGCGCCAUUGCUUCAGUGGGAGCUGCGAUCCGGAGGAAGGAGAAUGGCUGGUAUGACGAAGAACACCCUCUGGUCUUCCUCUUCUUGGGAUCGUCAGGAAUAGGGAAAACUGAGCUGGCCAAGCAGACAGCCAAAUAUAUGCACAAAGACGCCAAAAAGGGCUUCAUUCGGCUCGACAUGUCUGAGUUCCAGGAACGACACGAGGUGGCCAAGUUUAUUGGGUCCCCACCAGGCUACAUCGGCCAUGAGGAGGGCGGUCAGCUAACCAAGAAGCUGAAGCAGUGCCCCAAUGCUGUGGUGCUCUUCGACGAGGUGGACAAGGCUCAUCCAGAUGUGCUCACCAUCAUGCUACAGCUCUUUGAUGAGGGCCGACUGACUGAUGGAAAGGGAAAGACCAUCGACUGCAAGGAUGCCAUCUUCAUCAUGACCUCCAAUGUGGCCAGUGACGAGAUCGCACAGCAUGCACUGCAGCUGAGGCAGGAAGCUCUGGAAAUGAGCCACAAUCGCAUCGCAGAGAACCUUGGGGACAUGCAGAUCAGUGACAAGAUCACCAUCUCAAAGAACUUCAAGGAGAAUGUGAUUCGCCCCAUCCUGAAAGCUCACUUCCGGAGGGAUGAGUUUUUAGGAAGAAUCAAUGAAAUCGUCUACUUCCUCCCCUUCUGCCACUCAGAACUCAUUCAGCUUGUCAAUAAGGAACUGAACUUCUGGGCCAAGAGGGCCAAGCAAAGGCACAAUAUUACUCUGCUGUGGGACCGAGAAGUGGCGGAUGUGUUGGUCGAUGGCUACAAUGUGCACUAUGGCGCCCGAUCCAUCAAGCAUGAGGUGGAGCGCCGCGUGGUGAACCAACUUGCAGCUGCCUACGAGCAGGACCUACUACCUGGGGGCUGCACGCUGCGCAUCACUGUGGAGGACUCAGACAAGAAGCUCCUAAAGAGCCCUGAGAGGACCUCGCCUGAGGCGGAGAAGCGUCUCCCGAAGUUGCGACUGGAGAUCGUUGAUAAGGAUAGCAAGACCCACAAACUGGACAUCCAGGCACCACUCCACCCUGAGAAGGUGUGCUUCACACUCUAGCACCACUUCACCCCCCUUGGUGCACCCAACAGCUAAUAAAGGCCCCUCAGCUGAGGCGUGACAGCCCACCUCCUUCCCCUUGGCCUCUCCAUUCUCAGCCCCAGGCAGAAGCAGCUGUUUUGCCCUUUCCCAGUCCCUUCCUCGUGGGUCUCAAAACAUGCCUCCCUGAGAGAAGCACCCUCCACCCUAUUGAGGCAGGAAAGAAAUAGGUUCCCUUCUUUGUCUCCUCCUUUAUGUUCCUCAGGUCCCUGUCUCUGGAGCUUUAUCCUCUUUCUGUUCCCAGGAAAGACCUGAAGUAUAGCAGCUAAGAGUAGACAGAACUGGUUGGAAGGAGAUGGGGACCAGGCUGUGACCUGCCAGAAUCCACUGCCCUCAGGCAACGGGGACACCAAAAGGUCUUCAUCAGGAAUAGAGAGAAAGAGAGAAUACAGAGGCCCCAGCACACAAAUGACAUACUUUCCUUACCUAAAAAUUUAAACAGGAAAGGAUGAAUGGACACCUUCCUUCUACUGCCAUAAUAUUGCUGCUCUGGGAUCAGCCUUAGAACUAGGACAGCAUAUAGCACCUCUAGGACAAAGGCCUUGUCCUGGGCUUGGACAGAAAGUACCAGAUGACCAUGCAAGCACUGUCUGCGGGCUUUUCCUUUGGGAGUCUUAAUCACUGGUGUGUGGAGACAGAGGGGAAAGAUCAUGGGUUCAGGUUCUGUCAGGAGCAUGUCUCAGCUUUAUUCAGUGCUUGCCCAACUCACUGAACCUGGAAUAGCAGCUACCUGGGGAUGUGUGCAUGAGAGAUACUAUCCCUACUGGUACCCCCCCAACCCACUCUUCCACCUUAUUUUGGACACCAUCCACAGUCCACCAUCUACCACAGAUGACCCCAUGUAGUAGUAUCCCCUGCAAUAACCUUUUAGAACCCUCCUUUGGUGUGGGCCAGCCUUGUCUCAGGAAGUGGAAAGUGAAGGUAGAAACGAGUCCCUUGGGGCCGGAGAGAUAGCUUGGAGGUAGAGUGUUUGCCUUGCAUACAGAAGGAUGGUGGUUCGAAUCCCAGCAUCCUAUAUGGUCCCCCGAGCCUGCCAGGAGCGAUUUCUGAGCAUAAAGCCAGGAGUAACCCUUGAGUGCUGCCAGGUGUGACCCAAAAACAAAAAACAAACAAACAAACAAAAAAACCUGAGUCCCUUGGGGUAUGGAGCAGCAUCACACCAAUAUGGCACUGUGAGGCCAUCCGAGCCACAUCGGGUACAGGCUCCAUUGGCGCUCCCAGCUAUCCCUGACUUGUUCCCUGUGGAGCUGUAUCUGCUGCUAUCUACGUCAGUGACUGCUAUAGUUUAUUUUUGUAAUAUUUUUAUUAUUACUGUUAUUAACGUCCUGUUCUGAAAUCAUUUUACAGGAAGUUACAGAGUGGUAAAAAUUCCCACUGGCUUAUCCUAAGAGAAGCUUGUGAUCAUUCAGACACAGUGAUCAUUUAUUGUGGUCACUCAGAUGUAGAUACUAAUCUGGCCACAUUCAGAUUUUGCCAGUUCCUCACUAAGGUCUUUUUGGGGGUCUGGGCCCCCCCCCCACAUAAGGAGUUCUGUGGUCAUAUUUACCUUCAUCUCCAUUGACCUGUACCUGUUCUUCCCUUUUUCUUUGCCUCUUACGACUCCAGCAGUUUGUAAAAAUAUCUAGGCUCAUUCAUUUUUCCCUUGCCUUUGUAGUAGACUGUUUCACUUGCUGAGGAUCUGAGUUUAGGUCAAGACUGCCAUACAGGGUGUCUUAAUGUUGGUUGGGAGGCAAGGGUGUCUGAUUGGAUCACUUUACUGAGGGGCGUGUUUUCCACAUUUCUUCACUGUAAAGAUUUCAUUUGAAAUGACUAAGAAUCAUGCAAGGCAGAACUGUGCCCGUGUCUUCUUUCUUCUUGACUUGUGCCCUUUGAACUUAGUCUCGCUAGCAAGAAGCAGAUGUUGUAUUUGCCUGAUGAUGAUGUUCUGUGUCCUCCUGGUAUUCUACUGUAAGGAAAAGCUGUCUAUUUUCUAUCAUUUAUUUAUUCAAUAAUUAUUCAUAUCACUAUGAA